AUGUCUACCGCGUCAGGCAGUGCCAACACAAACACAAACGCAAACGCGUCGAAAUCACUCAGUCAGAGUCAGAGUGGACAGCAGCCACAGGGACAAGGAAGUAGGAGAUGGACGCAUUUCCAUUCUGCGUUACAGCUUGCGAUUCAGAGGGCGUCACAUAAGUGGACAUACGAGGAUUUCUCGGAGUGCUUUGAACUUUGGUGUAAGGAAGAGCCUGAUGGCGCGUCAGGCGUGUAUAAUACCAUUUCGUUGCAUAUGGAGAGACUCAUCACCGAUGCAUGUGAAGAACUCUUCGAACGAUACAACGCACGCGAGAACAUUGACAAACUCCACGCCGUCGUAACAGAAGCACGAGAGCGAAAACAGGCUGGUUUACCGCCUGGUCCAGAUACUUGGAAACCGAACCUUGAACCAAGGACCGCUGUGCGUGCGCGUACGAUUCCGAUAUUGCAAAGGGAGAAGGCGGCGUUGGAGAAGAAGUUGGGUGCGAUGGAGGAAGAGAACUUGGAACUACAAAGAGAGAUCAUUGAUAAUGUCGAUGCGAUGAAGAGGAAUGUCGAUGAGGAGCAGCGACAGUAUGAUUUCCUAGACGAGCUGGACAAACGAUGGCACUCGUUGCCAAUUGAAGACAUGCAGGAGCUGGCACUUCGAAAUGCAGAAACGCUGGCGUCGCAGACGGCCUCAGCGUCAUAG